CCAUAUUCUCUUCAUCUCUCUCUCUCUUUCCAACUUCCACGAUCUGCAUCAACAUUCAUUCCCUCAAAACACAUUACUAAGACUUGUCUGAAUUUCCAUUGUUCAUAUGAUACUUGUAUAGUUGCGUUGCUUUGAGCUUCUUUGUGUUCUCCACUGAAUUCCUUCACUUCAGCUAUGGCAACUCAGCAACAAGAACAAGACUUUCCAAUGCACAGAGACCAAGUUGAUGGUAUCACUACCACUGCUACCGUAGCUCACACUGCAAUUCAUAAGGGUGUAGAAUCAAGUGAAAUAACUGAACUACCUAGUAGACAACAUGGAAGAAGGCAAAAUCUUAUGUUGGAGAUACCUGCAAGAAAUCUUGAUGAAGCAAGAGAGGAAUUCUUGAGAAUUAACAUGCCUUCUACAAGCCCUGCUUUCUCUAGUAUCAAUGAGUUACAACCAAAAAAUAAAUCAAAUAUUAAAGCCCUUAUUCCCAAACUUAGCUUUAAGUUAGGGAACACUGAAAAGGCUUCAAUUCUAGCACUUGAAGGUUCUUCCACAGAGGUGCCGAAAAAGCCUAUGAUUUUGAGGACAUUAUCUCUUACAAAGUUGAUCACACCUAGAGGGAAGAAGAUGUCAUCUUUACCCGUGACACCAAUUGGAGGAAACACAACCAAUAUGACAACAUAUGUGAGAAAAGGACAGCAAUCAUCGAUCCAUCGUUCGCGUUCAGUUCCUGCACUUAACAAAGAUGGGAACACAUCAGUAGGUGUGAUGCUGCGCAUAGUUCCUACUACGCCACGGUUAGCUGGUAGCGCUGCCACAACAUCUAUGAAAUCUUCACCCGACAUUACUGUUGAGAAUGAGGAUGGAGAGGACAUUCCUGAAGAAGAAGCUGUGUGUAGAAUAUGUUUGAUUGAACUUGGAGAAGGUUCUGAUACCCUUAAAAUGGAAUGCAGCUGCAAAGGUGAACUAGCAUUGGCGCACCAAGAAUGCGCGGUUAAAUGGUUCAGCAUCAAAGGUAACAGAACAUGUGAUGUGUGCAAGGAACAAGUUCAGAACCUACCUGUCACUCUUUUACGAAUUGCGAGUACUCAUUCACCAAACUUCUUGAUAAGUAGCCAAGGUCAGCAAUACAGGGUUUGGGAAACUGUUCCAAUUCUUGUGGUUAUCAACAUGAUGGCUUACUUCUGUUUUGUUGAGCAGCUUCUUGUUUCAAAUAUGGGGUCUGGUGCCAUUGCAAUAUCUCUCCCAUUUUCUUGUAUAUUAGGCCUUCUUGCAAGCAUGACAUCAACAACAAUGUCGAGGAGAAAACAUGUCUGGCUUUAUGCGAUUGCCCAAUUUGUUAUGGUGUUUCUUGCUGGUCGUCUUUUCUAUUCACUGCUUCAUGUGCAAGCAGUGCUAUCUAUGCUACUUGCUACAUUUACUGGGUUUGGAGCUGUAAUGUGUGUAGCCUCUGUCCUGUUUGAGUUUCUGAAAUGGAGGAGAAGAUGGUUUGCUCAGUUGAAUCAGCAUCAGCUUGGUUCCCAAGAGGUGGCUGUACCAACUCAUCAAUCAUCUGCAACAACCACUUAAGGCUGACAUAGCUUUACACUUGAAUAAUGCAUAUUUAUUAUUUCCUUCACGGCACGCUGUGGCAUCAUAAAACGCAUUUUGCUGUACAUAAAAUAUAAUGUAUAGACAAGUUUGAACACGUCACUAUUAUUCACCAGUGUGUCUUCAGUGCAAGCUUGAAGAAAUUGUCUUUA